GUUGACAUAGUGACAUUUCAGGGGACGUUACAGGAGCAUGGCGGGUGUGUGUGUGUGAGUGAAGGUGUGUGUUACUGAACUGUGGUGACAAUAAACAUGGCAGUGUGGAGACUCCUCAGACUCACUGAUGGGCUGAUUUACGGAGCCGCUGGGUUUCUUCCCCGGACUGAAAGUGGUGCCGUUGUUCAGUGUGUGAGGAAUCUGAAGACGUCCACAUGGUGGGAUGAACAUCUGACUGGAGAUAAUGUGGAGUUCCUGAAGAGAGAAGUGACAGAGGAGUACAGCGAGCUCACUGCGGCCAAGCUCAACCCUCUGAAGGAUGAACCAUGGCCUCGUCACCAGUGGGAGGAACAGAGUCGAAGGGUCGGACUCGUGGCUGUUAAGUUGGGAAUGAUGCCGGUGUGGACCAAGUCAGGGGACAGACACGUAGUGACCAUGCUGCAGGUGCAGGACUGCCAUGUGAUCAAGCAUGUACCUAAAGACGAGUACGACGGCACGUCAGCUGCUCUGGUUGUUGGGGCUAAAAACGUCUCUCCCUUUUAUAGGUCAGUGGAGUACCUGGAAAUGUUCCAGAACGCUGGAGUUCCCCCCAAACAAAAACUGACAACGUUCCGGGUGACAGAAAACGCUGUCAUUAAACCAGGAACUCCUCUGUAUGCUGCACACUUUCGUCCUGGACACUAUGUGGAUGUCACAGCUAAAACAAUCGGGAAGGGUUUCCAGGGAGUGAUGAAACGCUGGGGAUUCAAAGGUCAGCCAGCUACCCAUGGGCAAACCAAGACCCACAGGAGACCAGGAUCACUGGGGCCAGGAGGGGAUCCUGCCAAAGUUUUCAAAGGGAAGAAGAUGCCUGGCAGAAUGGGGAAUGUUUAUGACACAGCCUUUGGCCUGAAGGUUUGGAGGGUAAACACCAAAAAUAACAUCUUGUAUGUGAACGGCUCUGUUCCUGGCCACCGAAACUGCUUGGUGAAGGUACGAGACACCAUUCUGCCUCGACACGUAGAGAAGAACAAGGAUCCUCCGUUCCCUACGUACUUUGCUGAUGGAGACGAGAAGCUCCCUGAGGACCUGUACUCCGAGGACAUGUUUCAGUUUGGGGAACCUCUUGAUGAAUGAGGUCAUGACCCCACACCUUCAUCCCUUUACCUUCUCCAUAAUGACCUCUUCAUGCUGGACUGAGAGAAACGUGAAGAAAACACACUUUAAAUAUUAAACAUGGACACUGGCUGUUGUUUGUAUAUCUAAACAUUAAAAUCCCUUUCAUACAA